AUUUCAGAGGGUUGCCUUACUGGCUACGUGAGGUCCCAGAGGUUUAUUUCCGUACAAAUAAUGAACCUUUCAAGGAACACAGAGAGAUAUGUGAGGAAAAUACUUGGAAUGAUGAAAGAAGAGAAGCUUCUAGCUUCACAAGGAGGUCCCAUCAUCUUGGGACAGCUAGCCUACAAGGAGAAUGGUGAGAGAUAUAUAAAAUGGGCAGCGAAUUUGGUGGAGUCAAUGAAACUGGGAAUCCCCUGGGUUAUGUUCAAACAAAACAAUGCUCCUGGCAAUCUUAUUAAUGCUUGUAAUGGAAGGCAUUGCAGAGAUACUUUCCCGGGACCAAACAGACACGAUAAGCCAUCCUUAUGGACCGAGAACUGGACUACUCAGUUUCGAGUUUUUGGGGAUCCUCCAACUCAUAGAACAGUCGAAGAUAUUGCAUUCUCAGUCGCUAGAUACUUCUCUAAGAACGGAUCUCAUGUCAACUACUACAUGUACCAUGGUGGAACUGACUUCGGACGCACGUCUGCUCAUUUCGUUACCACUCGUUACUAUGACGAUGCGCCACUUGACGAAUACGGUAUGGAGAAAGCACCAAAAUACGGUCACCUGAAACAUGUGCACAGAGCACUUAGAUUGUGCAAGAAGGCACUUUUUUGGGGUCACCUUCGCGCCCAGAAACUUGGUCCCGACACCGAGGUUAGGUACUACGAGCAGCCAGGGACAAAAGUAUGUGCGGCUUUCUUAUCGAACAAUAACACAAGAGAAUCUAAUACGAUCAAAUUCAAAGGUCAAGAUUACGUUUUACCGUCUCGUUCUAUCAGCAUCUUACCUGAUUGUAAAACAGUCGUCUACAAUACUGCACAGAUUGUGGCCCAACACAGUUGGAGAAAUUUUGUCAAGUCAGAGAAGACAAGCAAAGGUCUCAAAUUUGAGAUGUUUAGUGAAGAUAUUCCUUCCAUACUCUGUGAUUCCUUGAUUCCGGGGGAGCUUUAUUACUUAACUAAGGACAAAACAGAUUAUGCUUGGUAUACCACAAGCAUAAAGAUUGAAGAUGAUGACUUACCAGACCAAAAAGGUCAGAAGAAGAUACUGAGAGUAGCGAGUCUUGGUCACGCAUUGAUCGUUUACGUUAAUGGAGAAUACGCAGGUAAUGCGCAUGGAAGCCAUGAAAUGAAGAGUUUCGUGUUUGCAAAACCAGUUAACUUAAAAACCGGAGAUAAUCGCAUUUCAAUUUUGGGUGUACUAACCGGAUUACCAGACAGUGGAUCAUACAUGGAACACAGGUAUGCCGGUCCACGUGGUGUUUCAAUCAUCGGUUUAAAGUCAGGAACACGAGAUUUGACCGAGAACAAUGAAUGGGGACAUUUGGCCGGUUUGGAAGGUGAAAAGAAAGAGGUGUACACAGAGGAAGGAUCUAAGAAGGUGAAAUGGGAGAAAGAUGGUGAACGUAAGCCUCUUACGUGGUAUAAGACCUACUUUGAGACACCAGAGGGAGAGAACGCGGCCGCCAUUAGGAUGAAAGGAAUGGGAAAGGGAUUGAUUUGGGUUAAUGGAAUUGGCGUAGGGAGAUACUGGAUGUCUUUCCUUUCUCCACUCGGAGAGCCAACUCAAACGGAGUACCAUAUACCAAGAUCUUUCAUGAAGGAGGAGAAGAAGAAGAACAUGUUGGUGAUUCUAGAGGAAGAACCAGGGGUGAAGUUAGAGGCCAUUGACUUCGUGUUGGUGAAUAGAGACACAAUCUGUAGUUAUGCCGGGGAGGAUUACCCAGUAUCGGUGAAAUCGUGGAAGAGAGAAGGGCCAAAGAUAGCUUCGAGAAGCAAAGAUAUGAGGCUAAAGGCAGUGAUGAAGUCUCCACCGGAGAAACAAAUGGUGGCGGUAGAAUUUGCAAGCUUCGGAGAUCCGACAGGAACUUGUGGGAACUUCACAAUAGGGAAGUGCUCUGCAUCUAAGUCAAAGGAGGUUGUGGAGAAGGAGUGUUUGGGGAAGAAUCAUUGUUCGAUAGUAGUAGCGAGAGAGACUUUUGGGGACAAAGGGUGUCCGGAGAUUGUGAAGACAUUGGCAGUGCAGGUCAAGUGUGAGAAGAAAGAAGGAAAUCAAGAUGAUGAGAAGAAGAAGAAAGAAGAUAAUGACGAAGAGGAAGAGGAAGAUUACGAAGACGACGAAGAGGAAGAGAACAAAGAUCAAAUCAACGAAUCGAAGAUGGUGUUCCUCUCGAUUCCAAACGUGAAGACCAUGUCGAUUAAUGUGAACCCUAGUGCAACCACCAUCUCCGCCUUCGAACAAUUGGUCCAUCAACGCACUCAUCUUCCUCAACCUCUCCUUCGUUACUCGCUCUGUCUCCGAAGCCCUAGUCUUGAUCCCGAUUCUGCCCUGUUAUCGGAUCUAGGUUUUGGCCCUUUGUCUACGGUACUUGUUCAUGUCCCUCUAAUCGGUGGAGCGGCUCCGCCUCACUAUGUCGCUGGUUUGGGUCGUGGGGCUACAGGGUUUACUACCCGCUCCGAUAUUGGUCCUGCUCGUGCUGAUGGCGAUGUAGAAGCUGACGUGAAUCACAAGUUUGAUGACUUUGAAGGGAAUGAUGCGGGAUUGUUCGCUAAUGCCGAGUGUGAUAACGGAGACAAAGAGGCUGAUGCCUUUUGGGACGCCAUUGAUAGGAAGAUGGAUUCGGGGAGGAAAGACAGAAUUGAAGCGAAGCUCAAGCAAGAAAUAGAGAAUUACAGAGCCUCCAACCCUAAAGUUUCUGAGCAGUUUGUGGAUUUGAAGAGAAAGUUGCAUACUUUGUCUGAGGAGGAAUGGGAUAGUAUUCCAGAGAUUGGGAAUUACUCGCAUCGGAGCAAGAAGAAGAGGUUUGAGAGCUUUGUGCCUGUUCCUGACACGCUUUUGCAGGAAAAAGGGAUCGUCACGGCCUUAGACCCAAAUAGCAGAGCCGCUGGUGGAUCGGAGACUCCAUGGACAGACUUGACUUCAGUCGGUGAGGGAAGAGGUUUGAUGUUGUCUCUGAAGCUUGAUAGGUUAUCAGAUUCUCUUUCAGGGCAAACUGUUGUGGAUCCUAAAGGCUACUUAACUGACCUGAAGAAUAUGGAACUCACCAAUGAUGCAGACAUUUUUCAUAUUAAUAGAGCUAGACCCUUAUUAAAGAGUAUUACACAGUCAAAUCCCAAGAAUCCCAAUGGCUGGAUUGCUGCUGCGAGACUCGAGGAGAGGGCUGGUAAGAUAAAAGCCGCUAGAACUCAGAUUCAGAAGGGAUGCAAUGAGUGCCCAAAACAUGAGGAUGUUUGGGUUGAGGCUUGUAGGCUGGCCACACCAGAGGAUGCCAAGGCGGUGAUUGCAAUGGGAGUUAAGCAAAUACCCAACUCGGUGAAGCUAUGGUUGGAGGCUGCAAAGUUGGAAAAUAAUGAGGAUAACAAGAGUAGGGUGUUGAGAAAAGGACUAGAGCAUAUUCCAGACUCGGUCAGGCUAUGGAAGACUGUUGUGGACAUGGCUACUAAGGAAGAUGCAUUGGUUCUGCUUCACAGAGCUGUGGAAUGCUGCCCUUUGCAUCCAGAGCUAUGGAUGGCGCUUGCGAGGCUUGAAACAUACGAAAACACAAAGAAAGUGUUGAACAGAGCGAGAGAGAAGCUCCCCAAGGAACGGGGGAUUUGGAUCACCGCUGCUAAGCUAGAGGAAGAUAAUGGGAACACUGCUAAGGUUGGAAAGAUCAUUGAGAAGGGUAUAAAUGCUCUGCAGAGAGAAGGGGUUGUCAUUGACCGGGAAAAGUGGAUGGAGGAGGCUGAGGUCUCUGAGAGAGCCGGGUAUGUAACAACCUGCCAAGCAAUUAUUAAGAUCAUUAUUGGUUUUGAAGUCGAUGAAGAGGAUAGAAAGAGAGCAUGGGUUGCUGAUGCAGAGGAGUGCAAGAAGAGGGGUUCCAUCGAGACUGCAAGAGCAAUAUACGCACAUGCUCUUACCGUGUUCUUUACUAAGAAAAGUAUCUGGCUUAAAGCGGUGCAGUUAGAGAAGAGUCAUGGUAGUAUGGAGUCCCUUGAUGCCGUGUUGCGUAAGGCUGUGACAUACCUCCCUCAGGCUGAGGUUCUCUGGCUCAUGUGUGCCAAGGAGAAGUGGCUUGCUGGAGAUGUUCCAGCUGCCCGUGGCAUUCUACAAGAGGCUCAUGCCGCAAUUCCAAACUCCGAGGAAAUCUGGCUUGCUGCUUUUAAGCUAGAGUUUGAGAGCAGGGAGGUGGAGAGGGCGAGGAUGACUCUCGCAAAAGCAAGGGAAAGAGGAACUACUGGGAGGGUGUGGAUGAAAUCAGCCAUUGUUGAGAGGGAACUAGGCAACGUAGAUGAGGAGAGGAGAUUGCUUGAAGAAGGCGUGAAGAAAUUCCCAGCAUUCUUCAAGCUUUGGUUGAUGCUUGGGCAGCUUGGGGAAAGGUUUAGGCAUCUGGACCAGGCCAAGAACGCUUACACAUCUGGUUUGAAGCACUGUCCCGAGUGCACACCAAUGUGGGUCUCGCUCGCUGAUCUUGAAGAGAAAGUGAAUGGGCUCAACAAAGCUCGUGCGGUUCUCACUCUGGCCAGGAAGAAAAACCCUAAGGCGGAUAAGCUAUGGCUAGCUGCUGUUCGUGCUGAAAUUAGACAUGGCAACAAUAUAGAAGCAGAGCGCUUGAUGUCAAAGGCCCUGCAAGAGUCUCCCAAAAGUGGUAUUCUCUUGGCUGCUGACAUCGAGAUGGCAGGGCCAUGUCCGCUCCCGCAAACGAAGAUUGAUGAUGCUCUAAAGAAGUGCGUGAAGAAGGAGGAGGCGCAUGUCACAGCAACUGUCGCCAAGAUCUUCUGGAAAGAUAGGAAGGUGAAUAAAGCCAGAUUGUUGUUUGAACAGACUGUGACCCUCGACCCAGAUAAUGGAGAUUUCUGGGCCUUGUACUACAAAUUUGAACUUGAACAUGGCUCUGAAGAGAAGCAGAAGGAGGUGCUGACCAAAUGUGUGGCGUCUGAGCCAAAGCACGGUGAGAAGUGGCAAGCCAUAUCCAAAGCGUUGGAGAAUGCCCACCAGCCUGUUGAAGUCAUCUUGAAGAGAGUGGUGAUUGCAUUGAGAAGGGAAGAGCGUAACAAACUCUAAGCUUUUGUCCAUUUUGUUUUGGCAUGAUCACAGGCACAUUUUGCAACCUUACCUGUUGUUUUAUCUUUUUCAGGCUCAGAUUUUUAAACCUUGAUGAUGUUUUCUUGAGAAAUUGAUUUGGUAGAUAGAGUCUUUUUCGCCAGAUGGAAACUUGUAGAAUUCUCAGUCACUUUUAAUCGUGAGUUUCUGCAGUGUUGUGGUUAGCUAUUACAUAACUUUUGUGUUUUUUGCUGAUCAUUUGUUGUCGCUUCCAAGCAUUAGCCUUUCUGUUGGUGCGUGGAAGAAGUCAAAGCUUCUUCAGGAGAAGAAAGAUUGGUGAACUUA